AUGGCGGACGGCUGCGACGGAUAUCUUGGCAUGGCCACGCUGUCCAGCGCCACGGACUACGUCACCGUGCGGGUGGUGCUGAUGUCCGGCCAGGACCUGGGCACGUUUCAGCGUCCGGGAGCAUCGACGGUCCGCGAGUUGCUGCGACUGGUCUUUGCAAAUGAAGAUGCGGGCCUGAAGAAGGCGAACUUGCGGUCCGCACGGCUGCUCCUGGGGGAAGGCGUUUUGGAGAAGAAUGACCUUUUGUCUCAGAAGGUGCCUGACGGCGCCGUACUUCAGCUGCUGGUGCUGCCGCGACAGCACGUGGUAAGCAUCCUCAGAUGCCGUCCAGCGACAGCCAAAGAGCAGUCGGCGGGAGGGGGAUGCAAGGACGUUCUGAAGUUGGAGCCGCAGCAAGGCCGGGCAAGAGCGACUCUGGGAGAGUACAGUACAGAAGUCGCCCUGGACCUGGUUUACGACGAGUCCGCAUCUACCGAGGCCAUAUUUCAGGAUGCCGUGUUCGACCUCGUUCUGGGUACACUCUCUGGGCAGAGUGCAGCAGUGCUCCUGCGCGGGGCAUCACGUACCGGCAAGCAGCACACGCUCUUUGCUGCUGAUGGUUUGCUGGAGCAGUCUUUUAACUUGCUCCAGGAGCGCCUUUUUGGAACAUUGGAGAAGGCUGCUGUCAGCGUGGAGUUCUUCGAGGUCAAGGGUUUUUCCGAGCCUAGCUCCUAUCGAAGCAUGAUUGCUGCCGACAAGGAUGAAGCGUGGCGUUGUGUUGUCGGGCCAAGCAACACUGUGGCCUAUCGCACCUCUACAACCAUGUGUGAGAAGGAGGGUUCCGUUUGCUCCGGCGGCGAUACCUUCUUCGGCAAGUCCGUGACUGCAGAGGAUGGGUCCUUGUGGCUUUGGAAGGAGUCCGAGGGGCUGUUCUUGCCAUUGUUGUAUCCACAGACAAAAGUUCCGAUGUUUGAGAAGGUGUGUUGGGAAUACAUUUUCGACGUGAUGGUAAUGGGCAGGAAGUCCCCCACUCUCUCCGACAUGUCUGAGAACAGCAUCAAGACAGGUGAGACGAUUUCUGCUUUGCCUGUGUCAGAGCACCCUGGUUGGCUGAUGGAUGCUGACAGCAGGUUGUAUUUCCCCCAACAUCACCCACGCAGCGGUGUGCUCCUUUGGAGAGCGAAACCCACUUCAUGUUGGCCAGAUGAUUCUUCGUUGUUGCGACAAGCCCGCGACAUCCAACAGCUGGCGGGCGGCUUCAGUGGUGCCAAGUUCCUCCAUGAGCAAGUGACGGCAGACCGUUGGGGUGUGACAUUGGGGAGUUUGGAGAGUUUCUUUACCACCGUGGAAGAGAAGUACCGUUCCGGAGCUUUGCAGAAUGCUGGCAGGCCGUAUGAUGAGUCAAAGUUUCAGAAUGAUGCAGUUGGUCCGAACAUGUAUCAGGUGAAUGAGCAGGUAAUCGUGCCGGCGACGGCAGACCCUUUGCUGCCAUUCCCUGGAGUUAGCUGGGCACUGCGUGGUUCUCCUACUGGGGCACGUGUGACUCAUUUUGUCACGCACGCCUGGGCAGAAGGUGUGUUUGAGUUUCGGCGCUUCCUGAUGCAGGCGUGGCCCCUGAAUGAUAUGAAUGCCGCUGCCUACAUUUGCUUUCUGUCCAUUCCUCAAAACUUGGAUAUCGCGGCUAUGCUAGCCAGUAUCGAAACCUCACCUUUUCAUGUCGCAUUGCAGAACAUGCCAGCUCAUGGCUGUGUGAUAAUGGUUGCCACAGAGAACACACCGAUUCACACUCGCUUGUGGUGUGUUUUUGAAGCCCACAUGGCCCUGUGCCGGCAUAUUCCGAUCACCCUGGUUGGCCGUCCAGCGAACCUCGCUACUGACAGCUCUGCAGUCGUUGCCCAGUUUGAAGCCCAGUCCUUCGAAGCAUAUGCUGCCAACGAUGCGGAUAUGGAUUUUCAGGAUGCUGUUGGCGGCCUCCGCCCUGACGCACUUGACCCCUGCUGUCCUGCCUUGAAGAGGCGGCGCGAAGCCGCCCUGGCAGCGGAGGAGGAAGAGUGGCGUAAAAGCACUCCAGAACAGCUGCGCGAUCAACUGGCCGGUUUUUGGGCCAUGGCCGGUUGCAUAACUGUCUCUGUUGUCAUUCUCACUGUGUGGAGUACAACCGAUUACGUUGUAUGGACAGCAUUCAAGAACAGUGGUGGGGCUGCACUUAUUGCCGCUCCGAUCCCACUGCUCUGUGCUGCUUGCUACCGCACUUGCAAGGUCAACAAACAAAUAAAGCUUCUGCAGUCGGCAGGCAGUGGCGGUUUCAUCGAUGUGCAAGAUGCGCAGUGUUCCUCACCUGAAGGUGAAGCUCGUAUUCGCGCCAGCAUUGCCGGCCAAGAGAGGCGAAUCAAUUCUCUCUUGGGAAGCCUUAUUCUGCGCCAGUUUCUUGGUUCCACAACAGGGACAGCGACGGAGCCAUGA